AUGAUGAGAGACUUCCCGUCCUGCUUCGGCGAAAGCGGCGUCCAGAUCGCCGACUCGUCGGCGUCCUUGGCGAGGAACAGCCCCCAGAACUCGGUCACCUGCAUCUACAAGUCCAAGAUACGCGGCUGCCCUUGCCUCAUCACCGUGACCUGGACCAAGACCCUCAUGGGCCAAGGCCUCACCGUCUCGAUCCUCGUCGACGACGGGGGCGACCACCCCAACUCGUCUCGCUCCCUCUGCCGGGUCGAAAUCAAGCCCUGGCUCCUCAUCUCCAAGCAUAGAGGUUGCCGGAAAGCCCCAUUAUCAUCAUUGGAUUCCUCCACUCUCGACGUUCACUGGGACCUCUCGAACGCGAAGUUCGGCGCUGCCCCUGAACCCGUCCAGGAUUAUUACGUCGCGGUCAAGGAUGACCGUGAUGUGGUCCUACUCCUUGGGGACAUGGAGAGGGAGGCCCACAAGAAGCUUGCCGGCCUGGGCUGGGCGCGUGACAGCGCAGUACUCGUGGCGAAGCGGGAAAACAUGUUGGGGAAGAAAAGCUACUGCACGAGGGCUCAGUUCCGGGACAAGGGCCAGGCACACAGCGUCGUGAUCGAGUGCGACCCGGGAGGUGGCUCUCUGUCCGAUCCGUGCCUCGUUAUAAGGAUCGACGACCGGGACGUAGUGAGGGUGAGGAGGCUGCGGUGGAAGUUCCGGGGGAACUGCACGAUCGACGUGGACGGCACCGGCGUCGAGGUGUUCUGGGACGUCCAUAACUGGCUCUUCGGGGGCGACUGUGUUGGGAGCAACUACGGGGUUUUCCUGUUUCAGACGUGCCCUUUCUGGGCCGAGAGCGAUAAUGAGAAGUUCUGCGGUUCGUCUAGUUCGAACUUGUCGAAGCCUUCUUGCAUCUCGAGUUGGUGGAGUUCAGCAUCACCCUCUUCUUCGCAGGGGAUCGAAGAUGAUCCCCAUCAUCAACAUCAGUUGCAGUUGCAGCAAGGUCUGGGCUUCUCUUUGAUAUUGUAUGCUUGGAAGAGUGAAUAA